UGCUAAUCCCAUGUGACUCUUGGGAUGAUGGGUCCGUCUCUCGUCAUACUUGACGUCACACACUAAUUUGGUCCCACCAUUUGGUCAUAGAUGACGUCACUUACUCCCGUCACAGCCUUUAUAUAAAAAAAAUUAUAAACACACUUAACUCGUCUUCCUCCUAUAAAAAAAAAACACAAAACUUGCAGAGCAUCGUCAAUGGCGAAACCUCUCUGCUACAUAUUUUGACCCCUUUUUCUCGGAUAAUGGUGAAUCCGGUGGGUUUCAGAUUCCGUCCGACCGACGAAGAGAUCGUCGACCAUUACCUCCGGCCAAAAAAUCUCGAUAGUGACACGAGCCAUGUCGAUGAAGUCAUUAGCACAGUCGAUAUCUGUGACUCCGAUCCUUGGGAUUUACCUUCCAAGUCGAUGAUCAAAUCGAGUGAUGGGGUUUGGUAUUUCUUUAGUCUUAAAGAGAUGAAGUAUAACAGAGGUGAUCAACAGAGAAGAAGAACAAAUUCUGGCUUUUGGAAGAAAACUGGAAAAACCUUGACUAUCAUGCGCAAAAGAGGUAAUCGUGAGAAGAUCGGUGAGAAAAGGGUUUUGGUGUUUAAGAAUCGAGAUAGUUCCAAGACCGAUUGGGUUAUGCACGAGUAUCACGCUACGUCCUUGUUUCCUAAUCAGGUGAUGACGUAUACAAUCUGCAAAGUUGAGUUUAAGGGUGAAGAGACAGAGAUUUCUUCUUCUUCUACUGGUAGUGAAAUUGAACAGAUUCACUCUUUAAUCCCUCUUGUGAACAAUUCUGGAGGAUCUGAGGGAUCGUCGUAUAGCCAAGAACUACAGAAUCCAAGUCAGUUUAGUGGCUUUUCUGAUGUCCACCAAGAAGCUCAGCUUGAUGAUGCAACUACAUCGACUGAGGAAUGGAAAACCUGGUUGAAUGAUGAUGGUGAUGAGCAGAUGAAUUAUAUUGUGAACAUGCAAGAUGAUCGCAACGACCACAGACCUCAAAAGCCAUUGACUGGUGUCUUCAUUGAUUAUAGCAGUGAUGAUAAUGAUUCUGAUUUGCUAUCUCCAAAUACAAAUUUUAUUGAAACUUGGAGCUCUUGUGAUAGUUUUGCUAGCUCAAAUCAUCGGAUAGACCAAAUCAAAACUCAACAAUCUCCUGACUCAACAAUCAAGUUAGUGACAUUAACUCAAGAGGUGAGCCAAGCUCUGGGUCAAGGGAUUGAGAUUGGAGAGCAUAAAUUGGGUCAAGAGACGGUCAGGAAGAAAAGAGCAAGUUUCAUUUACAGGAUGAUACAAAGAUUGGUCAAGAAAAUGCAGCUAUGUUCUUCUAUCUCAAGAACAUGAUAACAAUAGAUGAGACCAAAGGACAGCUUUUUCUACUUACAAUUUGUAGAAGUAUAAGUUAUGUCUAUCUUGUUAUGUUUUUCCAUUUUGUGUGACUGUUAUGUACUCUCUCUAUAUUAAAAGGGUCGAUUUGUGAUAAGAUGUGGUUAGGGAAAUUAAAGUUGUAUGAAUUCAAUUAAUACAACUAACAAAAUGUUAUGUCUAUUUUGUUUUGUAAA